AUGGUUCCACAACCGGACCGCCAAUGGUUCCACAACCGGCCCGCCAAUGGUUCCAAAACCAGCCCACCAAUGGCUUUAGUUAGUCCUCUACCAGUUCGACAACACCACCACGAACACCGGGGCUUUUUUGUUUUUUUACGGCAUUUUUAUCUGUCUUUUAAAACCGUAUAUUCCUUCUUUCCUCUGUGUUUUUUAAUCUACUGCCAGCUGACUUUGACGCAAUAUCCUUCAGAAAAAACCUUCAAACAACGGAGGACAUUUGAACAGAGAGUAGAAGAUGUCCGACUGAUCCGGGAGCAGCACCCCAACAAGAUACCCGUCAUCAUCGAGAGGUAUAAAGGAGAAAAACAGCUCCCUAUCCUGGACAAGACCAAGUUCCUGGUGCCGGACCACGUCAACAUGAGUGAACUCAUCAAGAUUAUCAGGAGGCGUCUCCAGCUGAAUUCUAACCAGGCGUUCUUCCUGCUCGUCAAUGGCCACUCCAUGGUGUCGGUGUCGGCGGCCAUUUCUGAGGUGUACGAGCGGGAGCGGGACCAGGAUGGCUUCCUCUACAUGGUCUACGCCUCCCAGGAGACCUUUGGCGCCGCCGCCAGCAGUGCCGCCGCCAGCGCUCAGUGAAACCGCCUUCCUCUUCACUUCACACCUACCCCCGCGAUUGGACAAUAGUAGUUUAAAGCCCCGCCCCCUUCCACGCUCCCAAAAGAGCAGAGUUUAAAGUAGAGAAAAUUCCCCAUGAAAUAUGUGACUGUGACUCGGGCCGACAGAGUCUUUUUUUCGUGUCUGUCUUCUCCGGUGACUCGGGCCGACAGAGUCUUUUUUUCAUGUCUGUCUUCUCCGGUGACUCGGGCCGACAGAGUCUUUUUUUCGUGUCUGUCUUCUCCGGUGACUCGCGGCUGCUUCUUUUUCAGUGUUGUGCUUUCACGUCUCCUAGGCCGCAUUUACGUUCACGUUUGUACGUUUCACGUAGCGGUAUGAAGUUAAAACGGUGUAGCUUCACUGCUUGUCUAUAUACGCAUUAGCCAAUGAACAAAAGCCAACUUUAAUUCAGAGGUUUUUCGGAGAUGCGGCGCCUUUUGGUAAAGCUUUGAACGGAGGUUUUUUUUUUUCCGGUACGUUCUGGGGGUAAAACCGGACUCGUCUCGUCACAUUCCCCUCAUGGUCCCUUCGGUGUUUAGAUUUUUUUUUUUUUUUUUUUUUUUAAUCCUCCCUGCCUUGUAGCCUAAAGCAUCUUCACUGUAAC